GUUUCGUGGACAGGAGACAGUUUGGUGGCUAUAACCUAACUGUUAAUUAAAGGUCAGUGAUUUAACGCCGGAGAGGUGACCGUUAUCAAACAGCACCAACCAAUAUGAGCGGCACAACAGAAGUCAGUUUCGAUCCAAAAGAUCACCAACACCUGCGUUACAACCCUCUGCGUGACACCUGGGUCCUUGUGUCGGCCCACCGCAUGAAGAGACCCUGGGCAGGUCAGGUAGAGAAACCUCCCGAGGAACACAUACCCAGACAUGACCCCCGCAACCCACUCUGUCCCGGGAACACACGUGCAAAUGGAGAGGUAAAUCCAGACUAUGACAGCACUUUUCUUUUUGAAAAUGACUUCCCCGCUCUUCAGCCUGACGCACCAGAUCCUGGUUCAGAUCAACAUCCAUUGUUCCAGUCUAAAGCUGCCAGGGGCGUCUGUAAGGUCAUGUGUUUCCAUCCCUGGUCAGACGUCACCCUCCCUCUCAUGAAGAAACAAGAGGUUGUCAAAGUGAUUGACAAGUGGGCGGAGCUUGUUGAAGAACUAGGAAACACGUACUCCUGGGUUCAGAUCUUUGAGAACAAAGGCGCUAUGAUGGGCUGUUCAAAUCCUCAUCCUCACUGUCAGGUGUGGGCCAGCAACUUCCUUCCUAAUGAGCCGGCUCUGUCAGACCGCUGUCAGAGAGCCUACCACCAGAAACAUGGAGAACCGCUGCUGCUGCAAUACGCCAAGCAAGAGGCUGAGAAAAAGGAGCGUGUGGUGGUGGAGACUUCUGAUUGGCUGGCGGUGGUUCCAUAUUGGGCAACGUGGCCCUACCAAACGCUGUUGUUACCACGACGACAUGUCCUCAGGAUCAACGAUCUGACCGCAGAGGAGAGGGAGGGUCUGGCUGACAUUAUGAAGCGACUGCUGACCAAGUAUGACAAUCUGUUUGAAAUCUCGUUCCCCUACUCCAUGGGCUGGCACGGAGCCCCGACUGGCCCCCAUUUAACGGAAGACAACUCUCAUUGGCAGCUUCAUGCUCACUACUACCCGCCUCUGCUGCGUUCAGCUGCAGUUAAGAAGUUCAUGGUGGGGUAUGAGAUGCUCGCCCAGGAGCAAAGGGACCUCACGCCUGAACAGGCUGCUGAGAAGCUAAGGAACCUUCCAGAAGAGCAUUACAAAACCAGAGAGAACCUGGAAAAAGGAGGAGAAGAGAAAUAAGAUGGAGGAAUGUAUAUAUUUCUAUUACAUGUCUGUGUUGUUAUCGAACUCCUUAUCCAUGUUUUAGGGAGGUAAUGGGAGAACAUUAUUUUCCCCCCUUCUGUCGAAAUUAAACAAACUUUGUUUGUUGUUUUAUUACAAUUGAAGCCUUUCGACCACACAGCUUGUCCUUUCCAACAACACAAUGAGUUAUUGUGAAUCAAAUGAAUGCCUUUGCUUCUUGUUUUCACAUGGAAAAUAAAUAAUUCUUAAAGUAGUUAA